AUGACACACAAUAUCUUGAAGCCGCGUUGGUCCAGGUUCUUAGGUCCCGAGUCCCCAGAUCCUCGUGAAUUUAAAUACCAGCCUACAAACGAACCGAUAUUCACGUCUCCAUACGGUCCCUUUCCGCCUAUACCGGAUGACCUGAACAUCCACGAGCUUUGCUUCCCACCAGACAAUCCACUACCUGAAGACUACCCUCUCAUCAUCAAUGCAGUCACGGAGGAAGUGGUCACCCUUCACAGCUUCUAUGCUCGAGUCUGCGCACUCGCACGUGUUUUGCGCCAUGACGGACCAAAUCCACUCGGCUUGGAUAAAAGCCCUGUCGACGACACCGAAGAGGGCGAGAUUCUAGCAUUAUUCUCACGAAACCAUAUCCAUUACCCAAUGGUAACACAUGCAUGUUUCCGGUCCCAAUUAGUGUUUGGUGGUAUCAGUCCGGCAAGUACACCGUACGAACUAUGGUGGGUACUCAGAAAGAUGCAAAUAACGAGUAUCAUGUGCCACGAGACCUUACUGCCAGUCUUGAAAGAAGCAAUCAAACUAGGAUCCGGAGAGGGUGACAAUCUCCCUCUGAAACUCAAACUAAACCCCGCAAAGAUAAUUGUACUGAGCGACAACCGGAAUCUUGAUACCGUAUCCGGACACCGUACAAUCGAAUCCCUCGUAAAACAAGGCUCCCAUCUUCCCGAGCACCCACGCAAACUUCACGGCGGAAACCGCAUGGCCUACCUAUUCCAAUCCUCCGGCACAUCCGGUCUCCCAAAGGCAAUGAUGAUAACCCACACCAACGGCCUGUGCUCGGGCCUCCAGUCCCUGAUAACCUCCGUCCAAACCGCCCGCUUCACUGGCAACCCACCCCUAACCCCCGUCACAACCCUCGGCGUAAUCCCCAUGUACCACUCCUACGGCAUGAUCGUCUGGAUCCUGCGCAUCAACCUCCUCAAAAACACAACUGUCAUGCUUCCAAAAUGGGACUUGCCCCUCGCUCUCCGCAGCAUCCAAAAGUACAAAAUAACGCAUUUGCAUCUUGUCCCCCCGAUCGUCCGCCAACUCGCCCAGAGUCCCUUGACGGAACAAUACGAUUUGAGUUCUGUAAUCAGUGCUGGGAGCGGAGCCGCGUAUCUGCCUCCAGAUGUGGCGUACCAGCUCGCUAAGAAACUGCCGCAAGGUGCUGCGACACCGAUUCCCAGCGGUUACGGACUCAGCGAAGCGGCCAGCAUCGCUAAUCCGGGUAUCGCCGGUAUUUUUGGGCUGAAACCUGCGUUACCGGGUACGAUUGGGUAUUUGCUAUCUGGCAUGUCUGCACGAGUUGUCGACCCAGGCACUUUGAAAGAUGUAGCCAGGGGCGACAAAGGCGAGCUCUGGGUGCGAGGCGCGGUUGUAACACCGGGGUAUUUUAAAGAUGCAAAGGCGACGGCUGAGCUGUUUGCGGAGCCGGGGUGGCUGCGGACGGGGGAUCUGGUGAUGCGGGAUGAGUGCGAUCGGAUUCAUUAUCUUGAUCGGAUUAAGGAGAUGAUCAAGGUGAAGGGGUUGCAGGUUGCGGCGACGGAGGUUGAGGAUACGCUGCUGGAUCAUCCCGAGGGGCUUGUAAGGGAUGCCUGUGUUGCGGGGGUUGAUAAUGGGAGGGGCGAUGGGUCGCUGUUUGUUCGUGCGUGGAUUGUUCUUACGGCAGAAGGGGUGAAGCAAGGAGAGGAGGAGGUAGGGAAGAAGCUGCAUGAAUGGGUUCAAGAACGGUUGAGUCGGCAUAAGUGGUUGACUGGUGGGAUUGAGGUGGUUGAUUCGAUACCCAGGACGCCAUCGGGUAAGAUGCUGAGACGAGAGAUGAGGGAUCGAUAUCAUGAGCGAAUGAAGAACAGUAGCAGGGCUAAGUUAUGA